CUUAGAACUACCGUAAAGGGAGACAACUGUCGAUAUAAGUUGGCGGGAACAUUAAAAAACAUUAUUAUUUACAUAAGUUAUAACUCAGACUUUUUACUCUCGCAAUGGUUGAAGGACCUGGCUGUAAGAUAAAAGGAGAAAAGAUAAAAGGAAAACUAAAGGGAAAGAUAGUAAAAUCAGUUCACGGAAAUGCAGUAGAUAAGGAGAUUAAACCAACUAAAGGUAUAACAACAUCCCAGUUCCAUCAGCUGAUUGGUCGAAGGUUAGAUGAGGUACAGACAGUAGGAAAAGAGCUUUUCAUGUACUUUGGAGAAAUAUGUCUAAGAGUGCACUUCCUGAUGGCAGGGUCAUUUCUUGUGAACAACAAAAAGUUAGAUCAUGAUCAUGGAGGAACUGCAGAAACCGCUUCCCUUGAAAUACAACUCUCUGAAGACAAAUUAAGUUUCUAUAAAUCUGGUGUAAACAUCAGAUCUUCUCAGGUGUGUCAAGAAAGAUAUGAAAAUUUUCAUGACCUUGACAUUUGUUCCCCAGUCUUCAACCAGAAAAGAGCUGUUGCUAUGGUGAUGAAACAAACAGACAGAAUGGUUUGUGAUGUGUUACUCGAUCAAGAUAUUUUACCUGGAGUUGGAAACAUUAUUAAGAAUGAGGCAUUGUUUGACAGUGGAAUAAAACCAGAUUCUAAGAUAAAUGAAUUGAAAGAAGAACAUGUACUACAUUUAGUGAAGAUGACUAGAGAUUUCUCUAUGAUAUUCUAUAAGUGUAGAAGUACAGGUACAAAUUUGAAGAAGUUUAUGAAGAUCUACAAUAAAGGAAAAUGUACUCAGUGUGAUGGUAAAGUGGUGAUAUGUAGACUUGGUGAAGAUAAUGAUAGAAUGACAUACUUCUGUGGACAAUGUCAGGAUAACAACCUCAAACAAAAACAAACAAGAACAUUACCUACAAAGAAUAGCUUACUUGGAUGGGUACAGACAGGGAAACUGCAGCAGACGGCACAAGGACAGGAAGCAAUUAACUGGGCAUGCUCAGUUUGUACCCUUGUAAAUAAAGCAACAGCAGUCACAUGUGAUGCUUGUAUGACUAAAAGGGAAAGCAAUCCUAUCCCAGAUGUGAUGAAACAAGACAGUAAAACAGCUCCAGAUUUGACGAAUGGAACAAAAGACAAUCCUAUAAACUUAACUGCUAAUCCUCAAAAGAGAAAAUCAUCCGAUCCUGUUGCAUCAAAUACAUUAAAAAGACCAAAAAUAGACAAAGUUGUCAAAAAUGAUGCAAAACAAGAUGUUGUCAUCAGUAAAAUCCCCCCUUGUCCUGGACAUAAACAAAAAUGCAAUAUGACAGAAGUACGCAAAAAGGGAGAUAACUAUCUUAGAUGGUUUUUCAGUUGCAGUCUGCCAAGAUCAAAACAGUGCAAAUUUUUCAAGUGGGCAGAUGAGAGUUUUCCAUUGUGUGAAGGACAUGUGAAACCCUGUACAAUUAGGACUGUGAUGAAGCAGGGACAAAAUAAUGGAAAGAAAUUUUUCACAUGUAGUUUUCCAAAAAAUAAACAAUGUGGACAUUUUGAAUGGGCCAUUGGAUAUGAUUGACAUACUCAUAGCAGCAUUUUAGUAUUUCAAUAAUUUUAUCAUAAUGUAAAUAGUAAAACCACUUUUAAAUGAAAUCUAAUCUGUCUGUGGUUCAGAUGUUAUAAGCAAACAGAAAAUUACUUUAGAAUGUCUUCCAAAUUUUAAUUACAUACAUUUUAAUGCACAGUUCAGAUUAAAUGUGGAAUGUAAAAGUUCUACUGUCAUGACUGUGCUACCUUUUUUUUUUAAAUCAAAUUAAAUAUUGGAGUUACAAUAACCAUUUAUGUCUUUAUGUAUAUAUAUUAUUAAUAAUACUCAUCAUGAGAAAUUUUUGGUAUCACAAAGUUUUAAUGUUGUGACGAGGGAAAGUGUGUAGUUGAAAAAAAAUACAUUGAUAUUUAUAUGAAUUGUUUGAAUGCAACAUUACCAAGGAAGGGGAGAUAAUUCAGUACAAAACCAUUGUACACUUUUAUGGUAAUGAAAAUAUAGUUUAAUUUUCCAAUGGCACAUGUUUGUUUGAUUAUUCUAAUGCACAGG